UGACGUGUGCGAUCUUAUCGCUCAUAUAUAUCCCCGUCGCCUUUUGCCCUCCCUCUCUCCCCGUCAUCUCCUGCAACCCGCCGCCUGCUGCUGCUCCUCCCACGUCCGUCCCGGCUGCCUAUAUGGUCUACCCGCUCGGCAUCCCGUACACCACCCUGCCCCAUCCAGUCUACAACUCCACCCUUGCAAACGCUCCUGCCCACGAGCCGAGCCCCCUCCCUGCCCCUCACCAGCCCAAGAUGCCCUCCGACAACGCCGACAUUGCCUCCCUGGGCAAGGACGCCCUCGAGCAGGCGCUGCUGCAGCAGGCCGAUCUGAUCAAGGGCAUGAAGGCCCAGAAGCCCGCCCCCUCCAAGGAGGAUCUGGCGCCCUUCGUCGAGCGGCUCCAGGCCCUCAAGGCUGCCCUCGCCAAGCUCGCCGAAGACACCGGCUCCAAAUUCGAUCGUGCUGUCCUCGAAUCGCUGCUGAUCAAGCGAUUCUUCUAUGCCCCCUCCUUCCAGAUCUACGGUGGCGUUGCUGGUCUCUAUGACUACGGACCGCCCGGUGCCGCUCUGCAGAACAAUAUCCUGCAGCUUUGGCGCCAGCACUUUGUUCUCGAGGAGGAUAUGCUCGAGAUCGAGUGCACCAACCUCACCCCCGAAGCCGUCUUCAAGACCUCUGGCCACGUCGACCGGUUCACGGACUGGAUGGUCCGUGACGUCAAGACCGGAGACAUCUUCCGUGCCGAUCAUCUUGUCAAGCAGAUCCUCAAGGAGCGGCUGGAGGCCAACGAUCGCCUCAAGCGUGGCGUCGUCCCGGACAAAAAGUCCAAGAAGCCUGCCGAGCCCCUGACCCCGGAGACCGUCAAGGAGUACGAAAACAUCCUCGAGCAGCUCGACAACUACUCCGGCCCCGAUCUGUGGAAGCUCAUCAACGAUCUCAACAUGAAGGCCCCCGAGACCGGCAACGACCUCAGCGAGCCCGUUCAGUUCAAUCUCAUGUUCGGCACUCAGAUCGGCCCCACCGGCAACAACCGUGGCUUCCUGCGCCCCGAGACUGCCCAGGGCCACUUUGUCAACUUCAAGAAGCUGCUCGAGUUCAACACCGACCAGAUGCCCUUCGCCUCGGCCUCGAUCGGCAAAUCCUUCCGUAACGAGAUCUCGCCCCGUGCCGGUCUGCUCCGUGUCCGUGAGUUCACCAUGGCCGAGAUCGAGCACUACGUCGACCCCACCAAGAAGGACCACCCGCGCUUCUCCGAGAUCGAGCACAUUGUCCUGCCCCUGUACUCGGCACACAACCAGAUGAACGGCGGCGGUGUCAUCCAGAUGUCUGUCGGCGAUGCUGUCCGCUCCGGCGUCAUCAACAACGAAACCCUCGGUUAUUUUGUCGCCCGCAUCUACCUGUUCCUGACGCGGAUCGGCAUCAAGCCCGACAAGCUGCGCUUCCGUCAGCACAUGUCGAACGAAAUGGCCCACUAUGCUUGCGACUGCUGGGACGCCGAAAUCCUGAACAGCUUCGGCUGGAUCGAGUGCGUUGGCUGUGCCGAUCGCUCGGCCUAUGACCUGACGGCGCACUCGAACCGCACCGGCGAGAGCCUGGUUGUCCGGGAACGGCUUCCUGAGCCCGUCACCGUCACUCGAUGGACCCUGACUGUCAACAAGCCCAAGUUCGGUCCUGCCUUCAAGAAGAAUGCCAAGUUUGUCCAGGGCUACUUUGACACGCUGAUGGUGUCUGCCACCCACUGGAACGAACAGAAGCUCCAGGAACUCGAUGUCCAGAUCAAGGCCAACGGCGGCUCUGCCACCAUCACCGGCACGGACGGUAACCCGUACGUGAUCACCACCGACCUGGUCACCAUCCAGCAAGUGACCGAAACCACCCACGUGCGCGAGUUCACUCCCAACGUCAUCGAGCCUUCAUUCGGUAUCGGCCGCAUUCUGUACUCGCUCAUCGAGCACGUCUGGUGGACCCGUGAGAACGACGAGCAGCGCCAUGUGCUCUCGUUCCCUCCCGUGAUUGCCCCGACCAAGGCGCUUGUCCUGCCCAUCAGCAAGAACGAAGAGUUUGUUCCCUUCCUCAAGGAUAUUGUGUCCUCCCUGAGACGACACGGUGUCUCCAGCAAGGUCGAUGACUCUGCCCGUGCCAUCGGCGCCCGCUACUCCCGCAACGACGAGUUGGGCACGCCGUUUGCCAUCACAGUCGACUUCCAGACCAUCAAGGACAAGACCGUCACUCUGAGAGAGCGCGAUACGCUGAAGCAGAUCCGCGAGUCCAUCCCGACCGUCACCCAAGUCAUCAGGGAUCUUGUCGAAGAAACCACAACCUGGGAGCAGGUCCUGCAGCAGUACCCGGCCUUUGAGGGCCAGGAGAUCUAGUGGCUUUCUCUCGUCUGUUGUCUGUAGCUCGGCGCUGUCGGCCCCGCCACUGCAUGUCUGGAUAUCGCACAGGCCCGGUCCCCCACUCCCCUCCAUUGCUGCGAGCUGUGUCCUGUUUUUUUUUGGAGCCCCUGUAUAUGUAUCAAUAAGAAGCCGAUAUCAUUCCCCACAU